AUGGAUGAAGUUCACAACGAGCCAGUGCAUUCACGAAUGAAGCCAUCAAAGGCCGCACGCGUGGAAUUUAAUGAUAGACUCACAGCAGAGGUGCAAAAACGACCAGUGCUGUGGGACUGCUGCAGACCCGGCUACAAACACCAGCGCAAGAAGAUGACGGCACGGGAAGAGGUGGCAGCCGAGUGUGGACAUGACCCGGACGGAUUAUAUGAUCAAGCGCGCAGAAAGUUGGACAAGUCACAGUACACUUCAGACCUCGGGAGCGACUCCGAACCACCACAAAAGAGAAGACGAACCCCAGCUGUAGUGUGGGAACCUUGCCAGUCGUCUGACAGCCAGCACUCUGAAGAUUUGCCACCGCCACCAGUGCCAGCUAACUUUCCCCAGGCUACCUUCCCUGCAUUGCCUUGCGCAUCUGCAUCGGUUGCGUCACCUAUGCCAGGGACCUCACCCAUACCAGCUUCCUCGCCUCUGCCAGUGGCGCCACGUUUGUCAGCUGCCCCACCUUUGUCAGCUGCCCCACCUUUGUCAGCUGCCCCACCUUUGCCAGCUGCCCCACCUUUGUCAGCUGCCCCACCUUUGCCAGCUGCCCCACCUUUGCCAACUGCCCCACCUUUGCCAGCCGUACCCCCAGCGCCAGUCGUACCAUCUUUGCCAGCUGCUUCACCUGCCCCAGCCACAUUACCACCACAUGAAUUUCAGUCUCAGGUACUCCGGCUGCUAAACAUUGUGAGGCUGACUGCACAGGAAAUUUUGAGCAAUCUGGAUGCCUGUAUGGCUCAAGGCAAGGUGACCUCUGCACCCGCUCUACUAGUGCAGCAGCCAUUUGAGACGGUGGAUGCGCUGCUGAACUUUGAAGCAUCACUUGGUCCAGAGGAUGUUAAUGUCUUGAUCAACGAACUUGUGCAACUUGGGGGUAGAAACCCAAAUGCGGCAGUUAAGCGUAUGCUUGCUUACCUCUUUGCCGAUAAGCUGGUUGCUGAAUACUCGUGGCAUGGGAAGAAAGGAAAAAGGAAGUUCUCUGAUCUUCGACUGUUUGGGACAGUGGAGCGUGCCAUUGCAGUUGUCGGAUGCGUGUUCCUGUUCGCCACAUUUCGCACAGCUGCUGUCAGAAAGCGCUUCCCACAAAGUACACGAGAUGAUGUCGAGUCAACCACUAAAUCAUGGCUUCGUCAUGCUCCUGAGAGGACUAAUGGAAGAGAUGGGGCCAGAGAUACGUGAAGGUGAGGACAGAAUGGCGAAGUGUUCUAAUGCUAGUU